UUGGCCUGAAUAUCCAGCUGCUGUUUUCCCCUGUUCGCGUGAGACAAUGGCGAAAAAAGGUUGGAGGCCAUGGUCUGCUGCUAUCGUAGUCCUCCUUGUUGUUACGAGAAUUGAUGCCAUUUGCCAGAAACGAGAAGUAUUGGGGGAUCUCUCCAUCCCGGGGCACCACCCUCUGGUUGUCCGUUACAACGUUUGCGUAGACAACACCACCAUAUCACCCGAACCCUCCAUGGUGCAGACCGGGGUUGCUACCUUCAUACGAGAGUGUUGUGGAUGCCGGGUCUCCAGUGUAACAGAGAGAGAGCACCGCCUGCAAACGCUACACCCUCCAUCUGAAACCCGGAGCAUCUACGUGCCGGAGAUCCAAGCCUGCGAGUGCGUGGCUUGUGACACCAACGUCUACGACUGGGCCCAGUACUUCAUGUUUCUCAACCACAGGAGAAGGAAAUAAAGCGGCACGUUGAAAAUAACUAAAA